AUGGAUAAUGCUAAAAAGGUUGUGGCAAGACUUCCUUUCGCAUUGGCUGGCCCAGGAGGACUACUUACAGCCUCAGAGCUUGCGACAAUCAAGUACUGUAAUGAAGCAGGCAGUCUCAAUUUUCCAGCCUAUGGCAGUAUAUAUUUCACUAAAACCUUGCCGAGUAUCGACCACAGGCAUCAGCUAGAUAAAGAUUUCUAUAUCGGGCCGCAUUGUGGAACUCGAUAUUGGGAUUGCAAUGUUGGGGAGCGGAGGUAUUAUCAUAACACGAAACCAAAUCAAGGGCCUUGGACAACCCUAAGUGAAUACUUUGAAGGACUUAUUGCUGCUGGUUUCUCCCGGAUUCCUCCAGUAGGCGCCGAAUCCGAAAGCGAACCUACAUACCAUGGAUCAGUUCAAUCACACCUGCGCCUCUUAGAAUGCUGCAGGGUCCUACUCCGACAAAUGUCUGCCGACUCACGCAUCCUGGAGGCAUCCAACCCGUUACUGUUUCAUCCUGACCUACACAAAAGGAACAUUUUUGUUUCAGAUGAUGACCCCUCUGUCGCCAGCAGUAUUGAACCGUCCUUUUGGUAUGCAGAUGAAGUGCCUGACUUUGCUCAAUGCCUUGAGACAGGGCAGGAAAUCUAUACCCAAGCGUACGAUGUUUCCUCCCAGUUCCUUACCCCCAAGCUCGCUCGCCCCAGAUUACUUGAUGAGAACCUCUUCCGGCCCUUUCGCUAUUGCUAUCUUACAUGGAAGAACGGCGCAGUUGCCCUACAUCAUGAGAUGAUCGAGGCGGCUCAACACUGGAAAGAGCUGGGGCUCACUGGUCCAUGUCCAUAUCCCCUGCCAUCAUCCGAAGAACUGGCAAAUCACCAAAGGGAGUAUAAGCUUUUUGAAGCGGCACAGACUUUAAGAAGUGACCUUGCAGGCCUAUUGAACACGGCUUCUGAUGGAUGGGUACCUCUGGAGAGCUGGGAGGAAACAAAGGCCGCCCAUGAGGAGCUGUUUCAAGGGAUGCUGCAAGCCGUUCUGACAAAUAAGGAUCUAGAAGAUGAGCCGGUAAAGGAUGAAGCAACACUAUGGUCCAUCUGGCCAUUUGAUAUCAAUGCAUGA